AUGCUGUACACUCUCCCUUCGCGCCUCUGCGUCCUGAUCGAGCGCUAUGCCGUCCAGGGACAGGACGACAAGAAGUACGUCCUGCGCGCGGUCAAGGAGAAAGAAGCCGAGCAGAUCACCACCUGCCUUCGCCUCGACGCCGAGAAGGUAAACACACAAUCUUACCUAUACUCCCUACUCGCUAAUCUCUUCAAGACCACCACAUACCUCGCAAAGAGCAUUCACCUGCACGUCGAUCUCGCGCAGGACUACAGCAUCACCCAGCGCGACCCAUUGCAGCUGUACCGCUCCAUGCCGUCCCACCUUCCUGAACUGGCUUUUGAUCAAAUCGAGUCGUUCAGCAUCUGCGAGCCAUACCUCUGGCGGUACACGGACCUCACGGUCAAACCACCCCGUGAGCACAACUACCUGCGGCGCUGGACGAUCAAUUUCCGCCGUCGAUUCUCGCUCCUCCAGCAGCGAUACCUGUGGGCCACUGAUGCGGCGCUCGACGGAGAAAACACAAUCUGGGAGUUCUUCGAGACACCAGCAUCGAGCGCCUCCUCCACGGCCAUCACUACGAUUCCAUCACGCAUUGCGAGGGAGUCACAGUGGAUGCUGCAGGACGAGAUCCUGCCAAAGAUCCAGAAGACGCUAAAGAUCUUCAACGAUAUUGAGGUAGGAGGCAAGCUCACGGCGGAGAUGAUGUGGUUUCUGCAGGACGAUAUGAAGUUUUGGACGUGGAUGGGUGCGGAUGAGAACGGUGAUGACAUCCAGGAGUGGGAUAUGCAGGAUGGCGUGGCGUAUGUGAAUCGAGGCAGAGAGGAGGCGGCGCGGUGCUAUCGGAGUGCUACGAGGAAGGGUGCGGAGGGAGUGUGGAAGAAGUGUAAGAAGUGGUGA